CGCUAUUGUUCGCGGCGACAGCGGCGGCGGCGGAUAUCGCGAUCGAUUGGGCGAGCGGAACGGUGAGUCGUUCCAAUCGGCGCGGCCGAUCGCCCACCGCUCUCUUCGGCGCGGCUAUUAUCAGCCGCUAUCACCGCCAGCGAAAAAGCCCCCCCGAGGCAGGAAGUCGGCCGCCCGCGCUCUCAGUGUGCUCCGGACGCAUCGGCGUUAUCGCACGCGCGGCUCGCCCGUGCAGCUACCGCGUUCGCGAAUUCGUCCGUGUGUGUGCGCGACAAGCACGAGAGAGAGAGAGAGAGAGGAGCAAGAAAUCAGCGCGAGUGCGGGAGUCCGAGAGCUCGAAGCUGGGCGUCAGCGAUACACGCGGCGCGCGCGAUACAGCUGUAAGAGUUCGCGCGCGCACCGCACGAAGAACGAUGAAUGCCGCUGUUCGAAACUGCGCCGAGGUCGCCGAGGCAGCGCUCGAUCGCCAUCCGUCGCUUGCUUCGUUUGCUCGCCUCGACCCGUGGAAUUCGGAGGCAGACGCGCGCUCUCUGCACUUAUCGCGGUUGAUUCCAGUUAACGCGGCUACGCUAUCGCUACCGAGAAAUCGAUAGAGCGCGCGUGAUUACGAUCGACAUCUGACUCUGCUUGAAGGUACCCACGAUCGGCAGCAGCGACAUGAUGCCGCGGAGGCGCCUGCAGCUGCUGCUUCACGUGCUGCAGAUGUUCUGCGUGUUCGGCGACGGCGACCCGGGCGGCGGCGACGACCUCGUCGGCCCGACCGCCGCCACCGGUUCGCCUUCCCUCGACUUCACUUCGCUGCUGGAUCGCAGCACCAAGGCUUCCGAUCGCGACGACAACCACCUGCACGCUUACUCAACGCCUGCUACCUUCGACGACUUGGCUAACCAGAUUGACACGGUCGUGGAGAGCGUGAGCGUGGUCAAUCUGACGGCCAGCUCGUUGACGCUCAUCUGGAAUGUGUCCGGACCCAGCGACACGGACUUCAUCGUGAGCCUGUACGCCGAGGAGGCGUUGCUGCAGAACUACACCACUGCGCGGCUGAACCACACGUUCGCCAACCUGAGCGCCUGCACCACCUACAGGCUCGGCGUGGCCUGGGCCGACGCUGAGCUGGAGAACGAGACGGUGUACGCCCAGGCGGAGACCGCGUUCUCGCCGCCCGACCAAGUGGUGGACCUGACGGCCGCCCCCAGCAAGCCCGGCGCGCUGCAGAUCAGCUGGAACAUGUCGGACAGCGUGGGGCGCUGCGUCAAGUACUACCGGCUGGCCAUCGACUCGGAGACCGGCCACUCGGUCUCGGCCGUGACCAACUGCACCAAUCACACCUUCGAGGAGCUGCACGCUUGCACGGUCUACCACGUGACGGUCACGCCGGUCGACCGCAACGACACCGACGGCCCGCCCAGCCGGCUGGAGUGCCCGUCGACGCUGUCCGAAGUGAGCGCGAAGCCGGUGCUGGCCGUCGAGAGGAACGAGUCGACGAGCGUGACCAAGAACUCGAUCGCGUUGGUCUGGCUGCUCGAGGACAAGCGCAACAACUGCACCCUGCUUAACGUAACGAGCGAGUGCAUCUACACGCGCAGCGAGGGCUCGGGCUACGAGCUGCUCAACGGCACCGCCACUGCGGACCUGCCGCCCGAGCGCCCGGACAACGUGACAGUGGAGGUGCGCGACCUCAGUCCCUACACGGAGUACGCGUGCCGCGCGCGCGGCAUCAGCGCCGACGGCGAGAGCCCCUGGAGCGAGCCGGUGUCGCUGGCGACGCUCGAGGACGCGCCCUCGGCGCCCGUCGACUUCCAGAGCAUCGGCCGGCUGGCAAACAACCUGCUGACCUUCACCUGGCUGCCGCCCAAGUACCGGCCCGGCAGGCUGGCCGGCUACCGGAUCGACUUCGACUGGCAGCCCUCCUACCCGGUGCCCGAGGCCUGCCGCGUCGAUCACACCUACCAGCUGGACGAGAUCGACCCCGAGCUGUCCACGGCCGCCCUCGACCGGGAGGAGGCCUGCGCCCGCUACCGCGCCCGCAUAGCCGCCAGGACCGCGGCGGGCUACAGCCCCGAGGCGGAGAUCGAGUUCAGCAGCGCGUCCGGCGGAGUGCCCACCAACGCCACCGAGCUGCGCUGCCGCUGGAGGCGGCGCGACGGCAACCCGCGCGCCCUCGACACCGUGCUCGACUGGGCGCUGCCCUGCCUGUCGCGGGGCCUGCUCUACCAGUUCGAGGUGACGGCCGUCGGCACCCGGGCACCCGGCUACGAGAACCACACGCUCGGCGGCGAGGUCAACGUGCCCGCCGACUACGGCCGCGAGCAGCGCUUCGACCUCAACUUCGGCGAGCUGCGCCCGCUCUACAGCUACGAGUUCCGGGUGGUCGCCACGAUCCGCGGCGGCUCGGCGGAGCCCGGCGAGCCGGCCACAUGCCGCAUCGACUACCCGGCCGGACUGCCGCAGCAGCCGGGCCCGGACUACGUCAGGUCCAUCAGGCUGGACCCGCACAAGGCGCGCCGGACCACCACGUCGGCGGCGGUGCUGCUGCCGCUGUUCCCCGACGACAACGGCCAGAUCAGGUACUACGCCGUGAUGGUCUCGGGCCGAACGUUCGACAACUCGUCCGCCAGGCUGGAGGUCGCCAAGGAGGGCUGGCCCAACGUCUCGUCCUGGAAGGAGGCCAUGGAGGCGGACUUCGACAUCGCCUACCAGGCCACCGAGCCCAAGUGGCAGCCCCUCCCCAGCCACAUCGUCGACUAUGGCCAUAUGAAGGCCGCCAAGUUCGUGAUCGGCGAGGAUGCCACCUGCCCCGAGGUCUCCUCGAACAGCCCGACCCGCUCCUACUGCAACGGACCGCUCAAGCCCGGCAGCUGGUACGAGGUGCGGAUGCGAGCCUUCACCGAUCAAGGCUACGCCGACUCCGUCGCCUUCAAGAUCAAGACCAACGCCGAGCUGAACCUGGUCCUGGUGCUCGGAGUGAUCUUCGGCAUCCUGUUCAUCGGCAUCGCCAGCACCCUCAUGCUGCUCGUCAAGCGCUCCUCGUUCAGACUGUUGGUGCAGAGGAUCGCGCAGUCCAGCGUGCCCGAGUCGCCGGUACCCCAGCCCCUGACGCGCCGGAAGUUCGUCAACCACUGCCAGCAGCUCGCGGACGAUCCCGAGAAGCUCGGCAACGAGUUCAAGCUGCUGCAGACGCUGAGCAUCGACCUGCAGAUGCCCAGCAACGCCGCCUGCCUGCAGGCCAAUCGCAAGAAAAACCGCUACUCCGACAUUCUGCCCUAUGACUUUUCCAGGGUGAAGCUCGAGAUCAUCGACAACGACCCCAACACGGACUACAUCAAUGCGUCCUUCAUACGGGGCUACUCAUCCAACGAGGAGUACAUCGCGUGCCAAGGUCCCAAGGAGGAGACGAGCCACGACUUUUGGAGGAUGAUCGACCAGUACGACGUGAAGAUGAUCGUCAUGCUGACGCAGCUGGUGGAACGAGGAAGGGAAAAGUGUUUCCGCUACUUUCCGGCGCUCCGAGAAACCUUCAACUACGAGACGCUUUCGAUCAAGUGCACCAGCGAGUUGGAUUACCGCACCUACACGCAUCGAACCCUGCUGCUCCAGAAGGACAACAAACGGAGAUCCAUAAGCCAUCUGCAUUUCAAAGACUGGCCGGAUCACGACGUUCCCGAUGAUUUCGAGGCCAUGAUUCAGUUUUGCCAGAUGUUCCGCAAGCAAAUGUCCAGCGUCAAGGGACUGUCCGUCAUUCACUGCAGCGCUGGCAUCGGACGUACCGGGACGCUCAUUUCAAUAGACAUACUGCUGCAAGCCAUCAGGGACAAUCGCAAGCUGGACGUCUUCGGGACUGUUUACAGGCUGAGGAGGCAUCGAUUGAACAUGGUGCAAAGAGAGAGCCAGUACGCUUAUAUAUACAGCUGCAUCCGGCAAGUUCUGAAGAACCCUUACUUCCUGAAGUCAUUUAGGAAAAAUAGCUUAUCUAUGUCGAUAGACUCGUUGCAGCCGUUGUGCCAAUCUUCGCCUCAAACCACGCCGAAAAUUCCUAUGAAUGUUUUAUUUGCAGGUUUGCGGUAUUGCAAAUCAACAAGUGCCAUUGACACAAGAUCGCCUCUCAGUAGAAUAGGAAGGUACAAUAGCGAGGGCUACGCGAUAUGCAGCUCCGGAGUGGACUCCCCGUCGACCAGUAGUAAAGAGAGCACGGAGGAGAUGAACGAGCUGGACAGCAUGUCGGGCUCGCUGUACGAGAACGUCGAGCCUCUGAUCAGAGCGAGCUCGAGUCAGACGAUAGCAGGCAGCGACUACUACUUAACGAACGAUUCUACCGAGAAGGACACGUCCUUGUGAGCGGACGAUCCGAGGUUUGCGCCGACGCAUCGUUGCUCUCCACUCGAGUACCGACUGGCGGGUCCAAGCCAACGGCUGGCUCCUCUUUCCUCCGAGACUUGGAGCUUCUUCUGCCGCUCUUGCCGCUCCUGCCGACGAGGUUCAACAAUGAUUCCAGACGAAAAUCGAUGUAAAUAAAUGCGCACUCGGCGCGAGCUCGCACGUCGAGAGCACCACUGUACGCGAGCUGUGUAAAUAAUUGUAUCUGUAAUCGAGCGACGGCAAGUGCACUUUUUAUGAAUAAACAAGGUGAGCAAGAGACCGAGUCAGAGCGCGUUGAGUUU